GACUCUUUGUGGAAGCAUCUUCAAACGGUUUUGCAGUUGAUGAAACUCCUCCAAAUAUAACAACGCCUGCAGCCUUCGACGCAAGUCAGGGAUCGUUCAUGGACAACACUCAGACAUGGCGAUCCUUGAUAAAAGUUACAUGGGAUGUCAGUGACCAAGAAAGCCAUAUUGAUACACAGAGUGUCUCCAUUUUCACACAUCAACAGUCCGAGUUAGAUAUUGAUCCAGUAAAGGUCAAUGGUGGUGAUCGAGAAUACACAUUCACAGAUUUGUCUCUAAAGGAUGGCUAUACAUAUUAUGCUAAAGUUAUUUCAUGUAACAGAGCUAAGCUGUGCACAUCUAGUAUCAGCCAAGGUUUACUGGUCGAUUCAACGCCACCCACAGUUGGUAUGUUUGCUGUAGAUACGGAACAUGCGGCAGACUUAGCAAGACACAGAGAUGGAUGGAUGACUUACAAUUUAGCUCAAGCCAGUAACCCAGCACAAAUCAACAUAGCAUGGCUGGGUUUUGCCGAUAUCCACUCUGGCAUUAGUAACUAUUUUAUCACUGUCGGGACGUACUUCAGUGGAAAUGACUUAACCUUGAAUGGCCCUAUUAGAGUUGAUUACGCUGGAGGAACAACACAUUACGACGAGGGCGUUAUACAAACAGCCAUGAUAGAUGUUAACAGAGACAUAACACCAGGAGAACAUAUCUACGUGUCAAUAUGGGCAGUGAAUGGGGUUGGACUACGUAGUUACGAAGCUCAUGACACCUUUGAGGUUGUAUCAUCCAAUACUAACAGUGGAAUAUUGUCAUUGUUGCGGCGUUGUUCAGCCCAGUCGUGUCAAGGGGACUGUACAUGUGCACCACAGAACCAGCUCUGUCACGAAACAACAGGAUGUAUUGACGUCACAGGUGAUGAAUCGUACCAGCAAGUUGAGAUAGUUGACGUCACGGAAUACCGAAAAUUAGAUGGAUCAAUUUUUGAAGACAAAGAUUAUACUCCAUCGAAAUGCUCAUUGGCAGCAAAAUGGAGGACAUUAUCUGGAGGGUCACAGUCAGUGAUAAGAUAUGAGUGGUCUGCUGGAAGUAAAGAUGAUCAACCAGGCUCCAGUGUAUUAGAUGUUGUAUUUGAUCGUGUUUGGCACGACGUCGGUCUUGAAACGAAUGCAGUUCUAAUGUUGGAAAAAAACAAGUUUGCUCUUGAACCAAACGUUAUUUAUGUAUUCUACGUGAAGGCGUGGUACAAUAGUGAUACUUAUGCCAUUUUCCAGUCUGACGGGAUGGAAUCGGACUCGACGCCACCUGCAGUAUCAACUUCAAGAAAGGUGAAAGAUGUAGUGGAUCUGAAUAAUAUAUUGGAUAUAGAUUUUACAACGUCCACAAACUCCGUAGGGGUGUCAUGGAGGAAUGUCUUUAUAGACGUAGGGGGUAUUGCACAUUUCAGUGUGUCCCUAAGUACAUACAUUGGAGGCGAAGAUGUAUCAUCCUUCAAUUCAAACACUGUUACAAAUUCCGUAUUUGAAGUGCAGCUCACUAGUUUAUCCUUAUUGGAAGGAGUGAAGUAUUACUCUAAUGUGCGAGCAAUUAACAAUGCAGGGCUCUAUAUAACGGCAUCAUCGGAUGGGUUUAUUGUUGACAACACUGUCCCAACAACAGGCGUUGUUUAUGACGGCUUUGGUUUACACGAUGCUGAAUACCAAAAUAUCACUGACACGAUCUCUGCCUCAUGGCAUGGCUUCUCAGAUUUACAAUCCUAUAUCAGCCAUUACCUUUGGUGUGUUGGUAGCUCUCCCGGUGCUGAGGAUAUUGUAGCGUGCGAGAAUGUUGGAUUACAAUUAUCAGCCUCAAAAUCAGCUGUCUUAUCCAAUGGACAAAAAUGCUUUUCCCAGGUGACAGCAAUUGAUGUUGCAGGUCUACAUUCUGUGGCAGCAGUCUCCAACGGGGUUGUCAUAGACGACACAGCGCCCAAUGUGGAAGAACGAUUCUCGUUUGGUGCAAAUGUUCUCCGCAACCCUUCAUUUGAGGACAUUCAUGGAUGGAUAAUCGAUGGAAACAGUGAAAUAAAGUCGCAAAGCCAGUAUGCACAAAACGGUGACUCAUUCUUACUACUAUACGGCGAGGUGCACCAGAGUUUUCAAUCGGUUAUCGGAAGCAAGUAUCAAGUAAUCUUCUACACAAGUCAUAUAUAUUCGUCAUCAACGCCUUUAUUAUCACAAGAAGGCUUCAUUCAACUUCCUGAAAGUCAUCACGUGUUUCCUCUCUAUCAACGACCGGGCAGACAAGAUAGUCACCAAGACAUUGAUAACAUGAUAUGGCAACGUCAUGUAUUCUAUUUUAUUGCUAUGGAAACAAGUUCUACAAUUACAAUUGGAUCAGUGGGAUUAAACAAUGGUAUCGCCAUUGAUAAUGUUCAAGUACGAUACAUUGGGCUGGGACCGCGGGAUCCUCCGGCAAUUCCAAAUCUAAUGAAUCAGUUGUCAAGUCCAGUACAUGUGGAGACACUUGUACAGCAUGAGUGGAACUCUGUCCAUGCAAGGUGGCAUGCUGUCGAUGUGGAAAGCCCAAUAGUUGAUUUUAUGUGGGCUAUUGGCACUGUUCAAGGUGGAACACAGUUACAAGGAUUUACAUCAGUAGGGCGUAAUACACACGGUGAUAAGCAAGAUCUUAUUUUGAAUUCGGGAUCCUCCAUCCAUGUAACGGUGGUCAUCUUGAAUGCUGCUGGUCUUCGGUCAGUCAUUUAUUCCGACGCGAUUCUUGUUGACCUGACUCCUCCACAGUUGUGUUGCAUCAAGGACGGUGAUGGUGAUGAUUUAAUAUACCAGAGUGCAAACACUAUUAAACUAAAUUGGCUAGUCACAGAUGAUGAAAGUGGCGUCGAUUACUGUGAGUGGGCGAUAGGGCUGACUCCGGGAUCCGCUGAAAUACAGGCAUUCGAAAGAACAGACACGCUUAUUUCAUCCGAAUCUGAAUUGUCUGUUACACAUGGACAAACGUUGUUUAGCACAGUGCGAUGUCAGAAUUAUGAUGGGCUUCAAAGCCAGAUUACUUCAAAUGGGGUUACCAUAGUGACAGAACCACCAAAUACAGAUCACGCUAUCAUGUCCUUGACAACGAGUUCCGUCACUCAGUAUCCCACACGAGGUUACCAUCAAGCACAGACUGAUGCUAUUAAUAUUGCAUGGCAAGGAUUCAAUGAUAUCACCGGCAUAGAAUACUAUGAGUGCAAGAUUUUGGGCGAUGACGUUGACACAAGUUGGUACAAAGUUGGUGAUAAUGGCCAUCUAUUCACAGUAAUGAAAGGUUUAAUGUUAAGUUCCUAUAAAACGUACCAAGUUUAUCUGAAAGCUGUCAAUUAUGCUGGUUUUGAAAGUGACGUGUUAGUAUCCAACAUAACCGUUGAAACAGAGGCACCAAUUACAAGAAAUGCUGACCUUCAAAGUGUCUGGCCUCAUGAAUGGGAAAUGACAUUUGACUGGACGGAUGUAUUCAGUAGCAAUUCGUCUAUGAUUUACGAGGUCACAAUCGGCACAGCAUGGGGUGGGAUGGACGUACUGAAAUGGACAGAAACAACAGAUACACAUCUGCGCAUGACUGGUGUUAAUCACGCACUGGAACACUAUGUAGCAAUAACUGCGAUAAAUGAAGCAGGAUUGUACAGUACUAAAACGUUUGUGGUGUCCUAUUCCUAGGAAACAGUUCAUUUAGAUGACAUUUACUCUAGAUGUACAUAUAUUAUAUGGUAAUGGAUUAACUAUGCAAUGAUUAAUUCAUAUAAUCAGAUACAACUUAUCAACGACAUUCCUGUCAUAGCGAUGUCUUUAAAUAUUGAGUUAUGAUAUGGAUAGUGGUCUAACACAUAUUUACAGUGUCUAUAUAUAUAAAUAUAUAAUCAGAAAGUAAAGUGCAUUAUCGCAUGUAAUGAUUCACAGUA